GGCCUGUAUUUUAUACACUGCACACAGGAUAUAAAGGUGUAUGUAGCAGCUGCUAAUUAAAUAGGAUAAUGAAGAUAUUGUUUACAUCAUCAAUAAUGUCUCCUUUACUGCCGCCCUGUAAUCCCAUACCCAAGCAGCGCCCCAUGGAGGCUAAACAAAUUUCAGCUUGUUCAUCAUCAUCAUCAUCAUCAUCAGGGUAUGGCAAUCCUCCAUGGAAUUUCAAAGGCAGUGCUCUGUACCAACUGCAUCUGGUCAAGUCAAGCACCGCUCGAGCUCUCAUUCCUAAUGAGUUCAGAUUAGUUGAGGCUUUUGGCUUGUGGUGAUCGCUGGAAUUGUGUGGAACCCUCCUAUCUCUUGUGCAUGGGCUGCUAAAGUGCUGGUAAACAACAAUGAAGCCUGGAUGCACGGACGAAAGAGAAUGGAGCCAAUUUCAAGGACUUCGAAUGAACUCAAUGACUUCUUGAGCAUGAUUGGGAUGAGUUCAUUUUCUUCCACUCCUGGUGAUUUAUUAGCCAUAAAUGUCACUGAAAUCAAGGGUCAACGAAUGAUCGAUCUAUGCAACAUCAACCUACACAACCCAGUCCACCAUGGCCAACACUUGAAGGAUGAAUGGAUGGGCCCGCUCAUCAAAAUGUCACUCCCUAGUUUUAGUGGUCGUACCAAACAUAAUCCUAAUCUCCUCAAAUACUCUUGCCAAAUUGAGUGCAGGGUGAGAAAAGUGGCACCUGCAAAGAUUUCAGACCCGUCUCGAGAAAACGAAGAAGCUCGUUCAAAUGGACAAAGAAAUCUCAGCCUGCGUGUGUUGCUCUCAAAGCCACUUUUGGCUUUGCACUUUAGUGCUCUUUCAGCUAAUCUCCUCCUUGGAUGGAUUGAUGGUCAUGAAGCAGCCCCGACGCCAACUAUCUCCAAAAACGAUAAAACCGUCCCUAAUCCAGAGUAUACCUCCUGGACCAUCGUUGACACACAGAUCCGCGCCUGCCUCCUAGCGGUCAUCAGCCCCUCCGUUCACAAACAUGCUCGCGGCUUCACCACAUCUGCUGCCCUCUGGGAUGCUUUGGUCGCACGGUACAACUCCGUGUCCACCGCUCAUGUUUAUCAGCUUCGGGACAAACUCCACACUCUUCGUAAAGGUACCAAAACUAUGACACAAUACCUUGAUGAUGUGGCAACUAUUCUCUCAGAUCUCGAUGCCUUGAAAGAAGAGAUCCCUGAACGUGAUGUGGUGAAUGCUGUUAUUCGUGGUCUUCCCACUGAAUACUCAUCCUUUAAGCAAAACAUUCGCAUGAACAAUACCAAUAUUUCGUUAAACCAGCUUUCUGGAUGGCUGAUCUCCGAUGAAAUAAACCUGGAGAUGGAGAAUAAACUCAGCCUCACCGAGUCUACCAUCACCGAACCUCGCACAGCACUUCUCGCUACGAACGGUCGAGUGGACAAUCCUACCAACCAGGUGCGGUACAAGGGCCUCUGUGAGCAUGGGUUAUACACACUUCCUUCCAAACUCCCAACCGUUGCGUAUCAAGCUAUCCAAGAGUCCACUUGGCAUCGUAGACUCGGUCAUCCAGCUCCUGCGAUUGCCAAAUCUAUUUUGUCUUCCUUAGGUUUUCAGUUUUCAGAGCCUUUACAUUGUGAAUCAUGUUAUGUCUCUAAGUCCUGUCGUUUACCUUUUGAAUUGUCUGAACAUAAGGCCACAGCGCCCUUUCAAUUAAUACAUUCUGAUGUUUGGGGUCCCACCUCUGUUCCUUNUAUUGUUCUCACUGGCAGCUCUUCUACUCUCAUCUCAGAAGUUACUCAGGCCAUGCACCGUGACUUCAAGCUCAAAGAACUUGGACCUCUUCAUUACUUCCUUGGCAUUGAGGUUCAGCGCACGCAAGAUUCUAUACUUCUCCAUCAAUCCAAAUAUGCCCGUGAUCUUCUACGCCGAGCUGGGAUGUCCGACUGUCAUCCGGCUAUUACUCCUAUGGCUACGAGACCUAUCACUAAGCCUUCAUUGCCUUUCAAGGAUAUUUCUCAUUUUCGGAGCAUUGUUGGCGGCCACACAUACUCUUCUUGCGCUCAGCCGCACGUUCUCCUUCAGUCGCCCGCCAUCAUGCGUCCUCAGGCCUUCUCCCACGAUUCCUGGGCUGAUCAGCAGCGGCAAUCAUCAGGUUAUCUCCGCUUCCUUCAUCGAUAUGGCUAAUCAUUUUUUCUUCUCCUUCAAUUUUUAAUUUUCAUUCCUUCAUCCCUUUAUUUGGAUUUCCAUGUAUUUUUAGUUUUAAUUAUUGUGUUUUAUUCGUACUGAAGAUUAGGUGGUGUGAAUAAAUCAAUUUUGAAAUACCUA